GGCGGUGUGUGACGGCCGCCAUGAUGAGCUUGGAUUUAGCCUGCAGCAGCAAGCUGGAGCUGAGACGCAAGCCACCGACCGGGGGAGGCUGGGAAAGGCUGCGCUCUGAGUUGGAAUGAUCCACAGUAUUUUUCUCCUUGCAGAUAGAGAGCCCCAGACGACGAGUCAACUAUAUUCGACGCUGUGUACAGUAAACGAUGAAGAUAUUCUUCAUUGCCUACCAUUUUCAACUGAGAACGGGGUCGGCGAAUGAUUUGUGAAGAAUGGAAUUUAGAGGAAGAAACUAGCUGGGCUAAGCCUUUCGCCCUCUAUAGUCUUCACAGAGGAGGGGCAUUGGGGCUUUGUAGCAUUGCAGAUCCUGAAUUGAUGCAUUUUUUGGUUACUGCAUAAUGGAUAACCACAUAUAUCAGCAAAUCGGAAGAUCUUGUUGUAUGUUUUGUAACAGGCAUUAGUUUCCUUUGGAUGAUCUAGGUGAAGGAUUGAAAUAGCCUACGAAAGGAAAUACUAUCAGCAACUCAGUUACGUCAAAAUCUGCCGGCCAGGGCAGGGUCGGCAUUUGGGAAAUCUCUUAUGUCUCCAGGGAGAGUAAAUUGGGGGAAAUGAAGCCUCACGCACAUUUUGCGUCCUCUACCGAUACAUUUAGACGAAGGGCGUCAUGAUUGAUUACCUUUAGUUCGACAAUCGCCUCUUCUCCUUGGAACUUUUUUUAAGGUGAGGUAGGCUGCUGUGUCUCUCACCGGUGCGGGUUUAGCAUAGCCUAUCACGGGCUAUAGGUUGUAAAUAAUCCACUCAUUUGCCAACUUAAAACAUUUUAAUCAUGUCGGGGGAAGUGCGUUUGAAGAAAUUGGAGAAACUGAUUUUGGAUGGCCCAGCUCAGUCCAACGGCCAGUGCCUCAGUGUGGAAACAUUACUGGAUAUACUCGUCUGUCUGUAUGAUGAGUGCAACAACUCGCCCAUCAGAAGAGAGAAAAACAUUUUGGAGUUUCUGGAAUUGGCCAAACCAUUCACCUGCAAGGUGAAGCAGAUGCGUCUGCGGAGGGAGGAUUUCGAGAUCCUGAAGGUCAUCGGCCGAGGCGCAUUUGGAGAGGUUGCCGUAGUGAAGGUGAAGAACACAGACAAGGUGUUUGCCAUGAAGAUCCUCAACAAGUGGGAGAUGUUGAAGAGAGCUGAGACGGCGUGCUUCCGUGAGGAGAGGGACGUGCUGGUCAAUGGAGACUGCCAGUGGAUCACCACCCUGCACUACGCCUUUCAGGACGAGAACAACCUGUACUUGGUGAUGGACUAUUAUGUGGGUGGAGACCUGCUGACUCUGCUCAGUAAGUUCGAGGACCGGCUGCCAGAGGACAUGUCCAAGUUCUACCUGGCCGAGAUGGUGCUGGCCAUCCACUCCGUCCACCAGCUGCACUACGUCCACAGGGAUAUCAAGCCAGACAACAUCCUGAUGGACGUGAAUGGUCACAUACGAUUGGCCGAUUUUGGCUCCUGCCUCAAGCUUAUGGACGAUGGAACUGUGCAGUCCUCGGUUGCGGUGGGCACGCCGGACUACAUCUCCCCGGAGAUCCUGCAGGCCAUGGAGGACGGGAAGGGCAAGUACGGGCCCGAGUGUGACUGGUGGUCCCUGGGCGUGUGCAUGUACGAGAUGCUCUACGGAGAGACGCCCUUCUACGCAGAGUCCCUAGUGGAGACCUACGGCAAGAUCAUGAACCACAAGGAGCGGUUCCAGUUCCCCAUUCAGGUGUCGGACGUGUCGGAGGAUGCCAAGGACCUGAUGCGGCGUCUCAUCUGUAGCCGCGAGCACCGACUGGGCCAGAACGGCAUUCUGGACUUCAAGCAGCACCCGUUCUUCGCAGGCAUCGACUGGGACAACAUCCGCUCCUGCGAGGCCCCCUACAUCCCCGAAGUCAGCAGCCCCACGGACACCUCCAACUUCGAUGUGGAUGACGACUGCCUCAAGAACUCGGAGACGUUGCCCCCUCCCUCACACACCGCCUUCCCCGGUCACCACUUUCCUUUCGUGGGCUUCACGUACACCAGCAAAUGCACCCUGUCUGACCGUGGCUGUCUGCGUGACUGUGGCGGUGGGGGCGGGGCCCCUGCGCAGUCUCCCCUGGACGCGACGGUGCAGCGCAGCCUGGAAGAGAGCCUGGCUGUGGAGGCCUACGAGAGGAGGAUCCGCAGACUGGAGCAGGACAAGCUGGAGCUCAGCCGCAAGCUGCAGGAGUCCACCCAGACAGUGCAGGCUCUCCAGUACCCAAACUCGGACGCUCCGCCGGCCAACAACAACAGAGAGGUGGAGAUUAGGAGCCUCAAGAGCGAGAUCGACAUCCUCAAGAAACAGAUCGCAGAGUCUGGUCAGUUGGAGCAGAAGCUGGAGGAGGCGACUUCAGUGCGCCGAGACCUGGAGGACUCGUCCAAACACAUCAGGAACCUGGACAAGCAGAUCAAAUGUGUCACACAGGAAAGAGACGAACUGCACAAGGAGCUGCUGGAGCAGGCGGAGCGGCUGAAGGCCCAGUCUAAGGAACUGAAGGACGCUCACAGUCAGCGCAAGCUGGCCAUGCAGGAGUUCUCGGAGAUGAGCGAGCGCCAGAGUGACCUGCGCUCACACAAGCAGCGGCUAGCGCGCCAGCUGCGCGACAAGGAGGACGAGCUGGAGGCCAUGAGCCAGAGGGCCGAGGGACUGAAGCUGGAGCUGCGCAAGGCCGAGAGGAGCCGCAAGGAGUUUGAGGCUCAAGCUGAGGAGCAGUCAGCUGAGGCUCAGAAGGAGAGGAAACUGAGGGAGUGCAGUGAGCAGUACAGCAGGCAACUAGAGGAGGAGCUGGAGAUGAUGAAGCAGAAGCCCGUGUCCUCCUCUGACGGGCCAUCGGCCGCUGGCUCUGCUGACCAGGAGCAGGAGGCGCUGCGUCUGCGUGCGGAGCUGGAGCGCCGGACGGUGCAGCUGGAGGAGGAGCGGCUGCGUCGCGACGGUCAGCACGCGGCCGAGCUCAAGGGCCUGCGCAAGGAGCUGCACGACGCCGAGGCCCAGCACCUCGCCCUGCACAAGGAGAUCCUGGUGCUCAAGGACAAGCUGGAGAAGACGCGCCGCGAGAGUCAAAGUGAGCGAGAGGAGUUUGAGACUGAAUACAAGCAGAAGCACGAGAGGGAGAGAACCUUACUGACAGAGGAGAACAAGAAGCUCUCCAGUGAACUGGACAAGGUGACGGCGCUGUAUGAGCAGUUGAGUGUUAGCAGCAAGCAGCUGGAGGAGGAGCUGAGGGAGCUGUCUGAUAAGAAGGAGAGUGUAGCCCACUGGGAGGCCCAGAUCACCGAGAUCAUCCAGUGGGUGAGUGAUGAGAAGGAUGCGCGGGGUUAUCUUCAGGCUCUGGCCACUAAGAUGACCGAAGAGCUGGAGGGUCUCAGAAACACCAGCCUGGGAGCCAGAGGCACACAAGACAUGCCCUGGAAGGUGCGCCGCUUCGCCAAGCUGGACAUGUCCGCCCGUCUGGAGCUGCAGUCAGCGCUGGACGCCGAGAUCCGCGCCAAGCAGGGCAUCCAGGACGAGCUCAAUAAGGUCAAGGCCUCCAGCAUCUCCACUGAGUGUAAACUGCAGGAGGCUGAGAGCAAGAACCAGGAGCUGCAGUCUGAGACCGAGCGGCUGAAGAAAGAGCUGGAGGAGCUCCGCCUCAGGAGAGGCGUGAAACACCAGGACUCCCAGAAUUCCUUCCUGGCUUUCCUGAACGCACCCACCUCAGGGCUGGAUCAGUUCGAUCGCUCUCCCUCCGUUGGUCCAGGAAGUAAAGGCAGACGUCUGGACUCUGUGGACUACACCCCCUCCAACACUCCAUCUCAUGACGAGGACACGAAGCGUCGAGUUUCCCGCUCCCGCUCCCCAUCCACCGCCAGUGACAUGGAGCCCAUCGAGCUGAUGGACCACCCAUCUCGCGUCCACACCCCCACCAUGCGCUCCGGGUCCGGCUACGGCAGUCUGGGACACUCCUCUCCAAAGCCCAAAGCUCACCAGUUUGUGGUCAAGUCCUUCACCGUGCCGACCAAAUGCAACCAGUGCACCUCCCUCAUGGUGGGCCUCAUCCGGCAGGGCUGCACGUGUGAAGUGUGUAACUUCUCCUGCCAUGUGGCGUGUGCCGACAAGGCCCCUUCAGUCUGCCCCGUGCCACCUGACCAGACCAAGGGCCCCCUGGGCAUCGACCCGCAGAGGGGCAUCGGAACGGCAUAUGAGGGGCAUGUCCGGGUGCCUAAACCCACAGGUGUGAAGAAGGGUUGGCAGCGUGCGCUAGCUGUAGUCUGCGACUUCAAGCUCUUCCUUUAUGAGCUGGGUGAAGGCAGGGCCACCCAACCUAGUGUUGUGGUCAGCCAGGUCAUUGACAUGAGGGAUGAAGAGUUUGCUGUCAGCUCUGUUCUAGCCUCUGAUGUCAUCCACGCCAACAGGAAAGACGUCCCCUGCAUAUUUAGAGUGACUGGCUCCCAGAUGUCGGCGUCUCCGGGCCAGAAGGCCUCCAUCCUCAUCCUGGCCGACAGUGACCACGAGCGCAACAAGUGGGUGGGGCUGCUGAGCGAGCUGCAGCGAAUCCUGCGCAAGCACAAGCUGAAGGAGCGUUUGGUCUACGCACCCAAGGAGGCCUACGACAACACCCUGCCCCUCAUCAAGGGCACCCAGACCGCAGCCAUCAUCGAUCACGAGCGCGUCGCCCUUGGCAACGAAGAGGGUCUGUUUGUCAUCCACGUCACCAAAGACGAGAUCAUCCGGGUGGGCGACAGUAAGAAGGUGCACCAGGUGGAGCUGAUCGGUCCAGAGCAGCUGCUGGCCGUGGUGUCCGGUCGGAACCGGCAGGUGCGGCUGAUGCCGGCCGCCUCGCUGGACGGGCGCGACGGCGAGCCCUUUAAGCUGGCCGACACCAAGGGCUGCCAGGCGCUGACGUGGGGACAGGUGCGCCACGGCGCCCUCACCUGCCUCUGCGUGGCCAUGAAGCGGCAGGUCAUCGUCUAUGAGCUCAACAAGAGCAAGAGCCGCCACCGCCGCAUCCGAGAGAUCCAGGUGCCCGGCGUGGUCCAGUGGAUGGCAGUGCAGAGCGAGCGCCUGUGCGUGGGCUGGCAGGCCGGCUUCGCCCGCUACACCCUGCCCGGCGAGGGCUUGACCGGCGCCUCCUCGGGUGGUGUGAGCCUGAUGCACCCCGAGGACCCCACGCUCACGUUCCUCAGUCAGCAGGCGGCGCCCGGCGCUGAUGCCCUCUGCGCCGUGGAGCUCUCGCCCAAGGAGCUGCUGCUGUGCUUCGGCAGCCUGGGCGUCUACGUGGACUGGCAGGGCCGGCGCUCGCGCCAGCAGGAGCUGAUGUGGCCCGCCGUGCCCACUGCCUGCUGCUUCAGCGCCCCCUAUCUGUCGGUGUACAGUGAGAACGCAGUGGACGUGUUUGAUGUGAACAGCAUGGAGUGGAUCCAGACCAUCCCGCUGAAGAAGGCCCGACCUUUGAACAUAGACGGAUCGCUGAACUUGUUGGGUUGGGAGACCGUGCGACUGGUCUACUUCAGAAACAAAAUGGCUGAGGGGGAUGAACUGGUGGUGCCGGAGGUCCGUGAGAACAGUAGGAAGCAGAUGGUGCGGAGCAUGAACAACAAGAGACGCUUCUCCUUCAGAGUGCCUGAGGAGGAGAGGUUACAGCAGAGGAGAGAGAUGCUGCGAGACCCAGAGAUGAGGAGCAAGCUCAUCUCCAACCCCACCAACUUCAACCACGUGGCCCACAUGGGCCCAGGAGACGGCAUGCAUGUUCUCAUGGACCUGCCCAUGCAGAAUGUGCGGGGUCACGAGAACCGGGGUGCAUUCAGCGGUUCCGUCAGCAUCCCCUCCAUCAACAAGAACCGUGGAGAACCGGGUCGAUCCAUGAGUGCCAGCAGUGGGCUGGGCAUACGCUCUAACUCUCAGAACGGUAAUGCCCUGAGGCGGGAGUUCUCUGGUAGCAGCUACAGCUCCAAGCGCCAGACCAUGACCUCGCCGUCCGAGAGCUCGCUGUCUUCUGGAGGGGGCAUGGAUGUGGGGGACGCACCCCUCUCACAGUUUGACCGUGAGUGGCAGACCGUAUCGCCUUCUGAGAAGACCCCCGAUCUGAAAAGGGCUUUAAGGACCUUGCUUAGUAAGAUGAAGGACUCGGACUCUCCGCGUCACUCCACUGCCUCCAACAGCUCCACCUUCAGCAGCCCGCCAAGCCCCGCCUCCCCGCACAAGACCAAGUCCCUCUCCUUAGAGAGCACAGACCGCACCGCCUGGGACACAUGAGGGGACGCGCUUCUGGACACCCCCCUACCCCACAUCCCAUAAUAACCCUUCCCCACCUUUCUCUCUCUCUCUCUCCACAGAACUCCUUCCCAUCCACUGUCCUUCCUGCCCUCAUCCUUGUUGUGUACUUGGCCAAUAGCACUCCAAGCUCUGCCCUCUGUCUUAAAGGCGCUUAACAGACCACUCCCCCACCCCCGCCAUGCCACGCCACCCCCAGUAGGGAGAGGCCACUGUUAUUAUGCUAUGAGUGUGUAUGUGUAUCGAAAUUGACGCAUUUGUGUGUGUGUGUGUGUGUGUGUGAGAGAGAGUGUGUGUUUGUGCAAGGAAAAAAUAGUUCCCCUGCCCCUCUUUCUACAGACCUGCUUUGUAACUGGAACUGAGACAGAGAUGAAAUUGAAUCACAUAUUUGGUGGUCUUGAACUUAAGUCCCUUGGCUACCAACAGGACAACGAAGCCCAUUGUUGGAGACUGGGAGAUUUUACACUCUGUGACUGGUAUCUGUACAUAAUAUCAUUUGGGGGGUGAACUCCUUAUUUAUUACUCCGCGUGAGACUCCACAAAAUGAAACGACAGCAAUCAGCACCUACCCCCCCAACACCCCUUUGGCCUGUGAUUUGCAGACUGAACCAAACUGGCCAAAGUAAAAGGGGGUUUCACUGUUAAUGCAACACAAAUGCCACCUCAUCUCAUUCUAUCUCCUCAGCACAGGGGUGUGUGCAAGUACGACGCCUUUGUUUCAUCAGCAAGAGAAAAAAAGCUUAAACUGCCUAAUAUGGACUGACACUUACUUACCCAUAGCAACUACAUAGACAGACACAAUGCACACAUGCAAUGCAUUUACCCACAGUCUGCUGUCUUCCUGCUAUAGAACCUUAGGGAUGCUAUGGACGAUGCCUGUCAAGUUAUCGAACAUAAUGACCACUCCUACUUUUAUGCGAGUCAAUCUCCUUCCUAUAGUUUUAGACCAAUCAGCACAGCCCUUUGCAUCACGGACACGCCCACAUAUCCAGUGAUGUACAUACAUUAAAAAGUAGAGUAUAAUAUAUGAUAAGAAAAUAAUAUAGAACAGCGGGAAAAAACAAUGAGAGGGAAUGACACUCAUUCUGUUCUUGAGAAUAUCCAGAGAAGAGGAAUCACUCAAGGCUGUCUUUUAAAACCACUUUCUCUGUUUUUGUUUGAUGCAUCUUCUGUUUCGUUUUUUUCUUUCGCAUUUUAGAAUUGUUUUUAUUUAAUUCUCAGACUGGUGGAGUGUUUUUUUUUUUUCUCUGUCAAGUCGCGGAGGAAAACCAUUUAAUUAUGCAUUACAGUUUACAAUGUUUCCGAAUGUUUACCUUCCACUUGCACGUACUGUCAGUUCAUUGGCUCCUCCACUUCAGACGCUAAACUUUCCUCUCAGCGGUUGUUACUGAUAUUACCGAAUGUGCAUCGCCUUCCACAUGUGCUAGACUAGAAUGACAUUGUGCACAAGUAAGACAUCUUGAUGUUUCACCUUGUCAACAGUUUUGGAAACUAGGAAAAUUAUUACGUGACCACACAAAAAGUUAUCUAUGAUUGUUUGAUUAGUUUGGAAUUGCCACAGAAUUAUAAAAGACACUUGGGGAAAAAACAUUAUGUAAAACCAACUGCUCACUGUGGGAAUUUUUUGACUGUUGUCACGACCACUGCAGAUGCAUUGUAAAGGCUUGGUGUACUUGAAUUUUUUGACAGGAAUGCCCAUCGGUAUUUGUCAGACCUUAACAGAAGGACUAGUUUGACCUAUGUUUAAAUGAUGGGACCUAGCUAUAUUCACGACUACAGAGAUACUCCAGUUUGAAGAGAAUGAAGAGGGGCUUUGGAAUGUACCACUUUUGUUGUUCAUAACAACCCUCUGUAUUCGAAUAUUUUACCAAGACGACCAAUGUGAAUUUACAUUCCUUAAACCCAUUGCUACAGACAACAGACCAAACUCUCCAAGAAAUGACUUUCUUUCAUAAACUUGAAGUUACCUGAGGAGUUCUCUUAUAUAGGUUUGUUUUCAUCCAUUGAGUUGUGUUUUUAUCCACUUUUAAACAAUGUCUUGUAAUUACAUCAACAAUGCUAAUCUGGAAAAGAGGGUUAUGGAAGUACUGUCAGUGAAGAUUGUAAUCCUGUGAUUUCUAAAUGGGACUAUCACACAAAUUUUAAAAACUGCACAAUCAUUAUCAUCUCAGUUUGAAAUGACUGUAAUGCCCCUUUCACUCCAUAUAACAGUCAUGAUGUUAUUGUUAUUAUUUGUACUCUUGGGUAUAGAUAUGCCCACGUUUACCCUACCCUGCCCACGUAUAUAGAAUUUGUUGAAUGUGAAGAGAUGAGCUCUUGCAUACAUGGAAGGUAUGGAGAAAAGGCAAGUCUUUGACUAGCACCCUUCUCAGGUUAGUCUGACCUCCACUAACACUAGUAUGUCUGAGUACUUCUGAGGGACAGCUGUGUUUGACCAAAAUGACAGCAUCUGGAAGUCUUAUUAAAGUGGCACCCUAUUAGAGCUUUUUUAAAAAGGCUCCCGGGCCAUCACUGACUAGAGGGAUUUGCUUUGGAAGAGGACAUAGUAGACAUUUUAGAGGGGAUUGUUCUGAAGAGAAAUUGCCUUUGAAAUUUCAGUUUGUCUUCGCUCACUCACCUUUUUUUAAGGAAUUACCUUGUAAUAAGUUGUACAGUUUUUUUGCAUGUCAUAGGUGUAAUCAUUUCUUGGGGUUCGGUUUUGUUAUACUGUUACGCAAAAUUAAAUUCACUCACAUGAUGAGCUUUGGGCAAGGUUCUAUGAGGGUUGUCCAACACAGGUAGAUUUAUUCUUCUUUUUUUUGUUUUGCACAGAGAUAUUUAAGGUGGGAGGUCAACUGAAUAAUGUAUGAAACUGGCCGCCACAUGUUUGUGGAGAAAUGAUUAUAUUAACCUGACUCCGAUGUAAUUCAAUAAAAGCGGAGGGAUAUUAAA